AUGGAAGUUGACUAUGUGGAAGACCAGCCCCAACAAACUUCAGCAGCUAGAUGUAAUAUGAAAAUAAGAAACAAACCAGUUAUAGCAGUAUUGGACUUUGGAGCUGCAGUGAGCAUUAUGUCAAAAAAAUUGCUUACCAAGCUCGGACUACAGAUUUCAGAACUAUCUAAUGCUAUUGUCGUCACCGCGAACGGAACACGGGAAAGAGCUUUAGGAAAGUUGAAGGACGUAGCAUUACAACUAGGAAGAAUCAUUAUACCUAUGGACUUUCAGGAAGAAGAUCUAGAUGAAGUAGAAAGUUACUUGACUGACAAUCAAGAGGACUUAUAUACCAACCCAUGGAUCGACGAGCACAGCCCGGCAGCAUAUUUGAUAACGAUCGAAGAAGUUCCGACAUCCGAAGAAGCCGAACGACCCAUAAAACCUCUGGAAGGAGUAAUAGAAGAAUUAGUGAAUACCGAAAUCAUCGACAACAACCAAUGA